AUGACAGGGCACAGCUCACAUUACAGCGAGAAGUUCCUCGAUUUCGCUCGCAAGAACAAUAUCAUCCUUCUCGGCUAUCCUCCGCAUUGCACACACGCUCUUCAGGGCUUAGACGUUGUGUGUUUCUCAAAGAUGAAAGAGUGUUGGAAGCGGGAGAUCGCUGCGUUCGAGGCAAGGAUGAAAAGGGACGUAACAAAGGCUGAGUUCUUGACAGUAUGGUCACCCGCAUACAAGGCUGCAUUCGAUGAGAAGACAGUCCAGGCUGCGUUCAGGGUAACCGGUGUCGUACCUUUCAAUCCAAACUUUGUGUCGGCAGAACAGUUGGCUCCCAGCCAAGCUACCUCAACCUGCGGCGAGUUUCCGAUGCUCCAGCCCAGCCCAGUCCGCAGAAUCACCCAGGCCAUGGCACUCCAUCACCCUACCCGUCUUGAGAGGUCCUCGGACUUGCUCGAGCUGUCUCCACCAUCCACACCAACACGCCGUCCAUGGAAUGAGCCCGAAAACAAAGACCUGGACCCGUGGACACCAUCAAAGAAGAUGCGAACGUUGUACGCACACCUUGGUUCGACCUCGGCAGGAUCCUUGCUGCUCAGCACGCCAAAAAUCACAUCUCGCACAAACCCAAUCCGCAGUCCUGUUAUCCAGUCGAUGCCGUCGAAGUUGCCAGCUCCAAAUUGGAACCUCGCCAUGCCGGGUUCAAGCAAAGAGAGCUGGAAGACAAGAAGUCAGCUGGAGGCAGAAAAUGAAGAGCUGAAAGAGCACCUGAAGCGUGCGCAAGCACAGUCUGUCAUCAAAGAUCACAUGCUCGGCCAAGCCAAUGCGACAAUGGUCCUACAAAACAUCACCCUGAAGAAGACUAAUGAGGCCCUUCACCAACAGGAAGAGCGCGCAACAAAUGAACGGGCUCGUCUGUUCAAGGGCCAAGCACAGUGCCUGUCAUCUGAUGAGUUCUUCAGUGAGGUACAACGGAUAAACAAAGAAAAGGAGACAAGAGAUGCAGAGAAGUUGAGAAGGAAGACGGCCAGGAGCGACAGAAAGGCUGCCAAAGCUGCUCUGGACGAGCAGUGGGUCAAGAUGAAAGCAGACCAUGCCAGUGACGUGGCCAUGUGGGACCGGGAAUGCGCGGAAUUGGUCAAAACAGGGGCUCGAAAGAAGGACUUACCACCUAAACCCAAGCUCCCUCGAAAGCCACUGCUUCCACGCCUUGAGGAAGAGGCAGACGACGACGACGACGACGACGACGAUGUAGAUCAAGAGCAGGAUGUGUGA